AUGCGCCUCGAAAUACUUAGCCUCGUCGCCCUUACUGUUGGCGGAAGUAUGGUCUCCGCCUUUGAACUCCCUUCGACCUACUGCGCCCGGGUAAUCCCUGAGGUCAUCAAUGCGCUCAACAUGGACAGAAUCUUUGACCACGCACGAAGCAAAAUCUGUGAAGCCGGAUGCGAAGUCACGGUGCUCGACUACGAGAGCAAAGUCCGUGAAAUGGGAAUUCAGAUCAUCAAGGCAGAGUCUAAGGAAAUGGGCGCUCCUGAGCUGAGCGAGCAGUACAUCAAACUGCUCGAUUCCAUCUACAAGACGGCUCUGGAGAAGUGUGAAGCUAAGGAGCUUGGAAAGAAGAACAUCUGCGACGUGGAGCCUGCGCAAGGAAGGCAGGUUGCGCAGUGCGUGAAGCGCAACAUGCUGGGCAUUAUGUUUGACCAGCCUCAGGCUUUCUGGUCGAUUCUCACGACAAAAUGUGAAGAGCAGUACCGGUUCUUUUCGAACGAAGAUUUGUGGGAGAUAAAAUUCCCCGGACACAUGGAAAAGUUUGCUGUGGAACAAUGCUAG